AUGGAGCUUCUGAACAACGCCUACCAUCAUCUUUACGACUCAAUUGCCGGCCUGGACGCGCAGCAUAUCAUUCGGUUGGUUAUAAUCGUGGGCGGAUACGCCUUGUUGAGAAACCUGGCGCAGAAACAUCUGGCCAAGAGGCAACUAGAGAGAAAAGUUCGCGAGGGCGAGCAGGCGAAGGCCGAGCAGAAGUUGGAGGAGCUUGUUGACGAUCCUAAAGGCGAGGAGACCGCCAGUGCCAACGCCUUUGGCUGGGGUAACAAGACACGCCAGAGAGUCAAGAGACAGGAAAAGAUUCUGGAAGAACGUAUCCAAGAGCUGCAAAAGUACCAGGGGAACCUGGACGACGACCAGGAUAUUGCUCACCUGCUCGAGGAUUGA